AUGGGUGGUCACGGAGGGCUCAACAUCCUUCCUCAGAAGAAGUGGAACGUAUAUCGCGCCGACCGUCGGUAUGAGGUAAAGUAUGACGAGCACCGCGACAUCGAGCGUCGCCUGGACAGCCGCGAUCAGCGCAAACGACAGCGGUUGACCGAUUCGCUUGUUGAGCUACGCAGGCAGUCACAGGCCGUCCGCAACAUCGAGUCCGACGGCAACAAACCCGAAGGUGACUCAGGUUUAAAGGAGGAGCGCAGGCAUUCCCGCCGUCGCAAUAAUCGCAAACCCCAACCGGUGCCCGUCAAUCGCAGCCGGUCGCCCUCGCCCGCAAGUACCGCUGGCAGCCGCGGUAUAUUGCAGUCUGAGCCUUCCGCCGAGGCCGCCGAGCUGGUUCCGCUUCCGGAGUUCGACAAGAAGGCUUCCGGUGGCCACAUCAACCUCUUCGAGGAGGCUGAGCGCGACGCAAACGAGCGCGCUAAGAGGCAGCGCGAGAACUUGAUAAAGAGCGGCAGCUACGUGUACAAUGCGGCCUCAAAGGGCCCCCGGGUCGUGAGUGUGUACACCGACGGCACCCCUGCCACAUUGGUACCGGACUUUAAACCGGUUUGCACGCCGUGGUACAUGAGGCAACGGCCGGGCGACGUGGACGGCGGCGUCGCGGUAGAGCGGCCGCGAGGCCCGCGUUACUGCAAGACCGUGUCCACGUUCGACGAUGCGGACGGGUACUACGAGGAAAGGGAGUUGAAGCGUUCAUUUGCAACUAAGCUUGCGAAGUUCCAGCAGAAUCACGCGCUCCCCAAGGAUUGA